GGCGGCUACAGCAAUGAACUGUCUUCUCUUCAUCUUGAUCGUCGCGGCCGCUUCGGCCCUACCGAGGACAAGGCUGGGAGCCGGAUCUCGAACCAAACGAACGACCGAACAUAUAAUCAGAGAUUGUAUGCUAGUGACGAGCGAACCUGGGCAUUACUUCUACAAAGCUCCCGGGGACGACCCUACGGUAUGCGGGGUCUACCUCAUGACAGACCCCGACAAACUUAUCGAACUCCAGUUCGACUACCUGGACCUGCCGUGUAGUUCUGGAGGAUUGGUAGCGUUCGUGGACGGCUGGGAGCUGAACGGAGGAUACUUCCCCAGCCCGGGCGAGCACCGACUGCCCAUCGAGGACCGCGUCUCCGAGUUCUGUGGGAUGACAAGGCCUAGCAGGGCCUUCAUCAGCUCCCAGAACGCGGCCCUCAUCCAGUACCGGGUACCCAAGAGGUCCAGGGGGUUCUCCUUCAGGGUCAAUUUCCUGAAGAACCCCACUCCCUGUAACGUGCUGGUUGAAGGCCUGGAUGUCUGGACAAUCCGGAACUACGGGAAGUCGACCAAUUGCAGUUUGACUACACUCUACCCCGCCCAGAUCAGCCUCCUCUCCCUCAGCGUAGGAGUCAGUCUUCCUGGGGACACCUUCAAGAUAGAAACUGGAACGAUGCGCAAGUGUGAGGAAACGGGACUUAAAGAUUUUGUGGAGAUCAGCGGCGGCAUGGACUUGUCCACCCCUAAGCUCAUUCAAGCCAACACCUUCUGUGGAAUAGACUCUUAUCCAGGACACCUAGUGGAGACAGUGCUGUGCGGUAUCGCUACGAUCAGGUUGGUGUCGAGCGGUGAGUUCGACAAUGCAGUGACUGUAGGGAUCAGCCAAGCCACCGAAGAAGCACUCAAUUCCCCAGCUCUCAUUUGUCCUUAGACAACUAACAUCUACAACUUGGCGUUACUUAAUAGGCUCACUUUCAAUUUAAUUUGUUGAAUAAUGGCUUUCCUUUAUUAAUUUUUAUUUUAUAUUAUUUUAUUAAAAGUUUUUAAGAUCUAUUAUUUUGAAUUUUGGAAAGUUCAUUCUAGUCAAGACCUCUCUUGAAAGAGGGUUGUCUCUUUCAUUUGGCUGUCAUUUUUUAAAGACUGAUUAUUUUACAGAGAACACUUUAGUUCUUUAUUUUUUAUUUAUUAUUUAUUGAAAUAUUAAUAAAACUAUAUUAGACUUGUUCUUUAUAAUAUAAGUCGAAGAAAUAAUCCAUGUUCUGAGACUACUGUAUAAUCUAUAUGUAGUUAGUUGAGAAUUUAGUUAAAAAAUAAAUGUUCCCUCUCCAUCAGAUAUUACAAAACUCUUUUUGUUACUUAUGUGUUUUAUUUGUGAAAAAUUAUAAUACAAACUAAUAGUGACAUAAUAAAUGUCAAAAUAUGGAAAUUGUAUAUAGACUUAGUAUUUGAAGGAUCACAGGUAUAAUAGUUAUCAUUCAAGGGAAGAGUUUCAUUAUACAAUAGAUUGUAUUGAGAGAAGAGAGCUCGAUUUCCUUGUUCAAAUCCAGCCGGUUUAGAUUUUACCAAUGUCUUGAAAACUUCCAAAAAGUAUCUGAAGUCCAGAAUACGAAUAUAAACGAAAGAAAAAUAAAAGAUUGUACCUACUGCUUCAGUUAUUAUAUUUAAAACCUGAAU